ACGUGGGUCCGAAUUGCAUAUCCGGCGGAAGCUCACUAGCGCUCACUACGGGUCACUGCGCACAAUAUCCGAAGUAGUAUCCGAUCAGUCACGCGCACGUCCGAGUCAGUGCGGCUAUAUAACUUAUUCUUUAUCUGCAACAGGACCAUCUUCUAGAAUCUAGAUAUCCGACAUUGAAAAAGCCAACAAUUUAUCUGCAGUCACCGUCUGUGCCGCCUUAUCAUCGGCAUCGACAUACAACACAGGCCGACACGAUCUCGAGGAGGAGUGAUUUCAUCUCCCCCAGCGAUCGUUCAGUCUGAUAAACCCAGCGCAUGACCUUGCUCCAUGUCUACUUUGCACUACGCAAGCAGCAAUCCUUUCACCGCCUGCUCAAUGGCGGUCCUGGACAACCUUCUAUCUCCGCCAGCACCAGCAGCGGAAAAUCAUGGAAGCGCGCGGGGGCACUGAACUCAGGAAUAGCCCUCGAGAUAAAUGCUCUCGAUACCCUUGGCAGGUCGGUCCUGCAUCUGGCAUGCACCUCUACCGAGGCUUCAAGCCUGGAGUACGUUCGCAUGCUCCUCGCCCACCCGGCUAUCAACGUGAACGUACUGGACAAGGAGAGUCACUGGACGCCAUUACAUAGGGCAUUAUAUGCGGGAAAUAUAUCCGCUGCGAUCCUCCUUUUGAAGCGUUUGGAUAUCGAUACGUCCAUCAAGGACUUAGAAGGGUAUACUGCUCACGACCUCUACAACUCAACCGUGAGAUCUGCAAAGCCUACUGAGGACGAAGAGACUCUUGCUGAGCUAUUUACCUGGGGUACGAACAGAAACGCAGCAUUGGGUGUGGGCGAUGGCAAUGAUAGGGCAUAUCCGGAUCAGGUCGUCAUUCCUCGUAAGGACGAUGUAGCACGUCAACACAACAGGAGUCUCGACGACCGCUUCGCCCCAAUUCAUGUCCGGCAAGUAUCGAUGUCCAAGCUUCAUACAGUUGUACUCACCUCCGAGCCUCGGGAUAACAUUCGUGUGUGCGGCUUUGGCGGUGGAGGACGUUUAGGUCCAAGUCAACAUACACAAUACGCCCUCAUACCCCUUCCUGACAUCAAACACACCAUUGAGUCCGUUGCGCUUGGCCAAGACCACACCCUCGCACUCACUUCAACUGGAGAAGUUCUCACCUGGGGACUCAAUCGCUUUUCUCAGCUUGGAUACGUCAUUGAGGUCUCAUCCUCCGCCAAACAAGAUGAGCAUAUCCAGGCUACGCCACGGAAAGUCGGCUCCUUGAGGAGAGAAUUUGUUAAAGGUGUUGCAGCGUGCAAGACCGCUUCUGGUUGUUGGACAGAUACGGAAGUAUGGACAUGGGGUACGAACGGCGGGCAACUUGGGUACGAUAAGGCAUUGGUACCCGUUCAAGUGCUCCCUCGUAAAGUCUCCAGCAUAGUGAAGCCUGUCCGCGCAAUGGUGAUGACAGAAAUCCUCAUGGCGUGUCUACUUCUCACGGGCGAAGUCGUGUGUGUUUGGUCUGGAGGGGUUUCCAAGAUUAGUUUCCCCACCCAGAGGUUUUCCUCAGGGAUAUCUGUCUACCGACCCCCGCAAGCAAUCAACGGUCAGAACAUCACAAAGCUCAGGAGUUGUGACGAUACCAUCGCUGCCCUCUCGUCGAACGGAGAAGUAUUCACGUUUACUUCACAACCUAUUGGAGAAGGCGAUUCCGCAAAGAGUUCCCUUACUUUCAAGCCCCAACGCAUAUGGGCGCUGAGACGUCAGUUCAGUGCUGUGCAGGUAGGCGGGCUCAAAUUCAAAUAUCAUGCCGUCUGAAGUCUUGUAGGAUGUUGACAUUGGGGUCGAUGG